CGGCCUGACCGAUAGUAAGCCAGACACAUGGCCUGAUCUAAUCUAAAUGAAUGCAUAUACCGAAUUCUCUUACAACCAAGAUGGCGCCGUCUUUCGCUCUGUUUGUGGUCCUGAUAUGUUCAGGAGUGGAGUUGGUAUUGACAUCUUGCCCAAGAGGAUGGGUUGAAUAUCAAGACGAAUGCCUGUUGUUUGUGACCAACACUACGAUGGGAUGGCAUGAAGCUGAGAACGUCUGUAGGAACUAUCCAAGUUACCUGGUAACGGACGAUAAUGAGGAUAAACACGACUUCAUCGAAAUGUUCAUCAACGUCUUCUCUCAUAACUGGCACUUACGACAUUUCUGGAAUGGCGUCAGUGACUUCGUCGUCGAGAACCAGUGGCGAUGGGUGGAGACGGGUGUGUCUGUCGAGUCGACCACAUUCUGGGAUAAGGGACAGCCAAACGGGCUCGACGGCCAAAACUGUGUCGCUUUAACCAUGAACUCGGCCAACAGUCUGGUCUGGAGGGACUACGAUUGCACGCAUAAAUACCACUUCAUAUGCGAAAUGAAGGCAACGAAGGACACAAUCGGAGUUAUCGGAUGAAGACUUGUUUGAACCUUCAACUACCACCCAAUAAAAGUUUCAGACUACAA